GGACGAUAGUGCAUUAUUUUUAAUUAAUAUUCCUUUAGUUUUUUCCUAUCGUUCAAGUGAUCCAACGUUCUUCUUAUUUUAUUCGUAAUUAUUUUCAUACGUGUGUACGAUAAUAAAAAUGUACGAUAAAGGUUAAUAACGUUAAUCUCUCGAGGUGCUCAAAGCGCAACACGUGUGUUUUUGUUUCGAUCAGAGAAAACGUGUAUAAUUCGAGUAACGUGGCGCGAAGGAAUCACCAGCUUUGCGGUUAUACGACGAUAAUAUUAGAAGGAAAUAAUAGUGAAUAAAUGUAUUGCCAUUUUUAAUAAUCAUAAGAUCUGAGUUUGAUUUUUAACCUUCGUGCCAUCGUAGAUCGAUGCAUGUGUUUUUGAUAAUUAUUGCCAUUAUUGUUACGUUACUUUAUCAUCUAAUCAAGUUUUACAUCGAAGAUUGGUUCUACUACGAUAUUGAAAUGGAUUCAUCUAAAUCAAAAAAUGACAAAGAGAGAUUUCAUACAGAUAUUUUUGAAAUCUCAUCUGACGAGUCUUCUACUGAAGGAGAAAAAAUAAAAAAUCCUUUGUCAUUACGCAAUAAUUUAAAACAUUCUACAGUUAAAAAAUCUAUUAACGUCGAUUUAAAUCCUAAUGAUAGUAAUAAGAAGAAAACACCAAUCAUUCUUGAUAUAAGCAUAGAAUCAGAUUCCAAUGAUUCUGAUAAUUUAAAUCAAUUAUCUGCUUUGCAACAACAACAGUCUUCUGUUAAAGAAACUACUAGCACUGAUGUAAAUUCUGAAAGUAACAAUGAGAAAGCUAAACCAGAUGUGUUUGAUAUAAGUACAGAUACAGAUUCUAAUAUAUCUGAUGAUUUUACUCAAGCCUCUUGUGUUUCGCAUGCUAAAAGAAUAGGAUUAUUUUCUUGGAAGAAACAAAAACGAUUAAGUUCAGAUUCUCAAGAUGAUAAUAAUGAUAAAAGUAAAGGCAUGUCUACAGCUUUUGAUAACUCAGUUCCUAUAUCGGUGAUAAAAGAAUCCAAAAUAAGAAAGGUAUCUGAACGACAAAGGUUUACGAAGAAUGAGGAGACACCGAUUAAAUAUUUUAAUAAUCCUAGUCCACCCAUUAUUUCUGAUAUGGUUGAAAUGAAAGAACUUCAGACAACAGAUGUAAUGCAAGAUGAAUUAGUCAUUGCUGGUAGUAAAGUGAAAUUUCCAGUCCAACCGUACCCUUGUCAGCUCGCUGUGAUGAAUAGACUUAUUGAAAGCUGUACAAAAGAAAAUCAUUGUCUACUUGAAAGUCCUACCGGUAGUGGAAAAACUUUGGCUUUACUUUGCGGUGUACUGGGUUGGCAAGACACCUACAGUAAAAUCAUCAAAAGCAAUCUCGAUCGUCGAAACGAUAAAUGUCUCGCAAUAGAAGAGGACGAUGAUUGUACUGUGAUCGAACCGACGAGCUCGCAAGCUUCUCUCGAUGGAUCGAAGAAACGUUCUGAAAAUAUGAUUAAUUUGGAUGAUAUCCUCAAUGAAAAUAAAGAGAAGACACGUUUGAAAAUACCAAAGAUUUAUUAUGGAACUCGUACCCAUAGACAAAUCGAACAAGUCGUGAAGGAACUUGGCCGGACUGAUUACAGAAACAAGAAAAUGACUAUACUGAGUAGUCGAGAACAUACCUGCCUUCACAAUACCACGAGGAACAAAACAGAAUUCUGUUACAGUCUACUCGAUCCUGAGUCAUUCGGAUGUAUUUAUUAUAAUGAAAAAAAUAAAAAGGAUCUAUCGACGUUCUCUCAAUUGGAAAAAAAUGGAAUAACUAUGCCAUUCGAUAUCGAAGAUCUCGUCGAAGUUGGAAGAAAAAAUCAAGUUUGUCCGUACUUCGCUGCUAAAAAUUUAGUCGCGGAAGCUGAGAUAAUAAUCUGUCCUUACAAUUACAUCAUCGAUCCUGACAUACGUGAAAGCAUGCAAAUUAAUUUGAAGGAUCAGGUAAUCAUAUUCGAUGAGGCUCAUAAUAUCGAGGACAUCUGCCGAAAUGUCGCCAGUGCCGAUUUUAGGGAAGAUGAAUUACACUCGGUCCUUGAAGACUGCAAAGUAUUAAAAUCAAAGGAAUCCAUUGAACAACACGAUGCCUACUCGACCAUAAUUUCUUAUAUCGAGAGUCUCAUCAAUUGUAUGAACACUGUUACUCUAAAGCCAACGGAUAAAAAUGAUGAAAUGAACAGUUCUUAUUGGACGGGUAAACAAUUGAUCGAAUUGUUUAAAAUGUUCAAUAUUGAUAUGUCAAAAUGCAUAAAAAUAAUAGAUGCCGCACAAAUAGCAAUAUCUGAAUUUAAUAAAAUAAAAGAAAAUCUUCGUGUUGUAAAGCAUGAUAAAUUAAAUAAAUUUAAAACAAUUAUAUCACGAAGUACCAAAAUCAUUCUUCAACGUUUGAUAUUCGCAUUAAAAAUGAUCAUUUCCGAUGAAUAUGCGAAUGAUUAUCGUGCUUAUAUAAACGAAUCUUUCGUUUCCGAUAUAAAGUUCAAAUCCACAGACAAUUCUUGGACGUCGUCACAAAGAACUGGAAAACGUUUGAGAAGUUUCAAAUUGAUUUGCAUGAAUUCUGCUGUAAUCUUUGCACCUUUGGCACGUGAAGCAAGAUCGAUCAUAUUGGCAUCGGGUACCUUGACUCCUAUAACUUCUUUCCAAAGCGAACUUGGCACGAAAUUCGCUCAUACACUUUCUGCCAAUCAUGUGAUCAAUAGCGAUCAGGUUUAUAUCACUUGUGUACCAAAGGGACCAACUGGCAUACCUCUAAAAGCUAAUUAUCAAAACGUUAAUAGCUGGAAUUUUCAAGAUGAACUUGGAAAAUUGUUGCUAAUCAUUUGCCAAUCAAUACCACACGGAAUAUUAUGCUUCUUUUCGUCGUAUUUUAUGAUGAAUAAUCAAAUAAAAAGAUGGAAAAGCAAUAAUUAUUGGGAGGAAAUAAAAAGAUACAAACGAAUCUUCAUAGAGCCACGUAAUAGUAAUGAUUUAGGAGAAAUGAUGAAAGAAUAUCGAGAGGCUAUUGAGGAAACAUCUUAUGUAAAUACAAAUAUUGAAACGUUGUCAGGUGCAAUUUUAUUUGCAGUUUUUCGUGGAAAAAUCGCUGAAGGUACUGACUUUAGUGAUAACGAGGCACGUUGUGUAUUAACAAUCGGCAUACCAUAUGCUGUAAGAACAGAUCCAGAAGUAAAUUUGAAAUGGAUGUACAAUGAUGAAAAUUCUUCUAAGGAAUUACUCACGGGAUCCGAAUGGUAUACCGUACAAGCAUUUAGAGCUUUGAACCAGGCUAUAGGUCGAUGUAUCAGACAUAGAAAUGAUUGGGGCAUUGUUCUCUUAGUAGAUGAAAGAUUUCAGGCUCCAUCUAAUAUCAGUUAUUUACCAAAGUGGGUCAAAAAGAUGUGGAGAAGAAAUCCAGGUAUUAAUCUUAUCAAAGAACUGGAAAGUUUUAGCAUUAUUUUCUUAUCCAUUUGA